UUUUUGUCGGGGCUGAGCUUGUGGUUUCAAUCAAAGGGAAGACGGGGAAGCUAUGCGGAGAGAUGUAAAAUGGCAGAGCUGCAAAUGUUGUUAGAGGAAGAAAUUCCAGCUGGUAAAAGAGCCCUCAUUGAGAGUUAUCAGAAUCUUACUCGUGUAGCAGAUUACUGUGAAAACAAUUAUGUCCAGGCUCCGGACAAGAGGAAAGCGUUGGAGGAGACCAAAGCCUACACCACCCAGUCCCUGGCCAGCGUGGCCUACCAGAUCAAUGCCUUAGCCAACAACGUCCUGCAGCUCCUGGACAUCCAGGCCUCCCAGCUGCGCAGAAUGGAGUCCUCCAUCAACCACAUCUCACAGACGGUGGACAUCCACAAGGAGAAGGUGGCGCGUCGGGAGAUAGGCAUCCUGACCACCAAUAAGAACACGGCGCGCACGCACAAGAUCAUCGCCCCCGCCAACAUGGAGCGGCCGGUGCGCUACAUCCGCAAGCCCAUCGACUACAACGUGCUGGACGACGUCGGACACGGCGUCAAGCAACACGGAAACAAUCAGCCUAUCAGAGGGACCGGAACACUCUCCAGGACCAAUCCGCCGACUCAGAAGCCACCCAGCCCGCCCAUGUCGGGGCGUGGCACUCUUGGGCGCAACACCUCUUACAAGACUCUGGAGCCGGUGAAGCCUCCCACUGUGCCCAAUGACUACAUGACGAGUCCCGCACGCCUUGGCAGCCAGCACGGACAGCACAGCCCCGGACGCACAGCCUCACUCAACCAGAGACCCAGGACACACAGUGGCAGCAGCGGUGGCAGUGGCAGUCGGGAGAACAGUGGUGGCAGUGCUGUUGGCAUCCCCAUAGCCGUCCCCACCCCAUCCAUUCCCAACUCUGGAGGACAAGUGCCCCCCAUGUCCGCCCCCCCUCCCUCAGGAGCACCCCCUCCUCCUCCACCUCCCCCUCCACCGCCCCCUCUUCCGGGCCAGGCCCCUCCCAUGCCCUCAGCGGGGGGCAGUGGCGGCAUAGUGGUGUCCCAGUUUGGCACGAUAUCGCGGCAGAUGUCGCGGCACAACUCCAACAACGCGUCGUCGGUCUCCAUGGUUUCGGCCACGGGCACCUAUCGGCGCGCGCCCUCCGUGACCUCGCAGUUCUCUCUGCAGCAGCAGCAUCAGCAGCAGCAGCAGCUCCUUCAACAGCAGCAGCAGCAGUUACAGCAACAACAGCAGCAGCAGCAGCAGCAACCGCAACCGCAGCAGCAACAUGCGCCACAGCUUAAUGGGGGCACCAAUGCCUACCCCCCCAACUCAAUGUCUGUGGCCCCCCCUCCACCCCCCAUGCCCCAGUUGACUCCGCAGAUCCCCCUGACUGGCUUCGUGGCCAGGAUGCAGGAGAACAUUGCGGACACCCCUACGCCCCCGCCACCCCCUCCUCCGGAUGACAUGCCCAUGCUGGACGACUCCCCUCCCCCGCCCCCACCCCCGCCAGUCGACUAUGAGGAAGAGGACGCCACCGUGGUGCAGUACAACGACCCCUAUGCCGACGGAGACCCCAACUGGGCACCCAAGAUCUACAUGGAGAAAGUGGUGGCCAUCUACGACUACAGCAAGGACAAGGAUGACGAGCUGUCGUUCAUGGAGGGGGCCAUCAUCUACGUCAUCAAGAAGAACGAUGAUGGCUGGUAUGAGGGCGUGAUCAACGGCACCACCGGCCUCUUCCCUGGGAACUACGUGGAGCCCAUCAUGCACUACCCAGACUGAACACAGGGACACACACCCUCACUCUCACACACACACACACACACACACACACACACACACACACACACACACACACACACACACACACACACACACACACACACACACA